AUGGGAACAUACAUGUUUUGGGUAAAAAAUAGAAAAGUUAUGCCUGUUCCUUCCUUUGGUGCAGUUUUAAAAUACCAUUACUCUGAAGGAAUAAAAGGCAGAGAGAAGAGUGGAGAGGGGAAGACAGGAGUGAGGGUGAGUUGCCUCUGUGAGGAGAAAGAGCCGAGGGACCCGGGUGGGAGGGAAGCAGCUGUGGAGCUGCCUCGUGGUGGUAACUUGGCAUUGGAGAAUGUCAUCAACUACCUGCUCGGCCACAACGUGUGUAUGCAGAGAGCAGUUACCUGCCCAAGUUUGAGCUCCUGUAAAGCCUCACAGCUCAAUGUCAGUCAGAUAUGGGAAAGGGGGCGUAGAGGUGGAGUAGCAGCUCUGUGCUUGGGACGAAAGUGUCACGUGCUGGGCGCGAGCGGCUGCCUUGGCCUUGCUCUUGCAUACCAGUCCUAUUCUCCCAGCCCUCGAAGCCUGCCUCUUCGUGCUGCUGAUCAGCAAAGGCAAGCUAAGGAAGCACCCAUUGCAGAUAAAACAUUACGUGUUGCAGCAGCUACAGGACACACUGUGGUGUUAGUAGACCAGUCAGAAGAAAUCCUUAAAAAGUCUACAAAAGGAAUUGAAGAGAGCUUGAAAAGAGUGACAAAGAAGAAGUUUGCAGAUAAGCCUGAGGCUGGCACUGAGUUCAUUGAGAAGACCUUGAAGAACCUGACAACAAGCACGGAUGCAGUAGCAGUGGUCCACAGCACAGAUCUGGUGAUAGAAGCUAUUGUGGAGAAUCAGGAAAUAAAAAAUGAGCUCUUCAAGACGCUGGAUAAGUUUGCUCCAGAGCAUACAAUCUUUGCAAGCAACACUUCAUCCUUGCAAAUCACCCAGUUGGCCAACUCAACCACCAGGCAGGACCGUUUUGGUGGUCUCCAUUUCUUCAAUCCUGUGCCUAUGAUGAAGCUUGUGGAGGUUAUCAAGACACCAAUGACCAGCCAAGAUACUCCAGGGUUUAUUGUUAACCGUCUCUUGGUGCCAUAUAUGCUUGAAGCUGUUCGACUCUUUGAGAGAGGAGAUGCAUCAAAGGAAGAUAUUGAUGUUGCUAUGAAGCUUGGGGCUGGCUAUCCCAUGGGUCCAUUUGAAUUGCUGGAUUAUGUUGGACUGGAUACUAGUAAAUACAUUAUAGAUGGAUGGCAUGCGUUAGAACCCAACAAUCCUCUUUUUGCUCCCAGCCCUCUGCUGAAUAAACUGGUAGAAGAGAAGAAGCUGGGUAAGAAGACUGGAGAAGGAUUUUACAAAUACAAAUGAACUCCAAAAUUUGGGAGCUGUUAAACUUAUCUGUGUAUGCUAUUCAGCAUUUCCAGACUACAGGUGAAUUCUGCUUAU